UACCAUUAUUACUGGAGUCGGCACCUCGCCCACGCUAACACUCUUCAACCGUAAUAAUGGCGUAAUGGCUCAUGGCGACGAACCGGGUUCUGGAACUAGCCGUGGUGGUAGUACAUGCCCAGAGUACUCCACACGCAUCGCUUUCCUCCUAAUCUUGAAAAACCCAGACACGCACAAAUUCGAUUCGCUUGCCGCUCCUCCACACCCCCCGUCUCGUCUCGCAAACUUCAGCCUGCAACUACUCUCUCCACCUCCUCCAGCUUCCUAGUCCUGCUUUUGUUCUCGGUCUCUGCUCGCCUUGCUUCGCGAGGGAGGGGAGGGGCGAUGGUGGGGUCGCCGACGAAGCGGCGGGCGAUGAGGAGGCCGCUGGAGAAGGCCGGGAUGGUGGGGCUCGCCGUCGUGGCCACGGCGACCGCCGCGCUGCUGCUGCUGCUCGUAUGCACCGCGUCGCUACGAUACUCUGCCGCCGUCGACUACGCGCUCGCGGCGCCCAGGAAGCUCUGGAGCGGCGGGGUCUCCAUCGCGGCCGAGGAGUCGCCGUCGGCGGAGACGCCGAAGAGGGGUGCGGCGCCGUUGGCGGCAGAGGCGGAGGAGUGCGACCUGUUCGACGGGAGUUGGGUGUGGGACGACAGCUACCCGCUCUACGACUCCAAGGACCACCCCUUCUUGGACGGCGGGUUCCGGUGCUCCGAAAACGGCCGGCCGGACGCGUCCUAUGUCAAAUGGCGGUGGCAGCCGUCGCGCUGCGAUCUUCCGAGAUUUGAUGCCAAAUUUAUGCUCGAGAAGCUACGGAAUAGAAGAGUAGUAUUCGUUGGUGAUUCAAUUGGAAGGAACCAAUGGGAGUCUCUGCUUUGUAUGCUCUCUAGUGCUAUUCCCAACAAGAAGUUCAUUUAUGAAAUUAAUGAAAGUCCCAUCACAAAGCACACGGGUUUCUUGAUUUUCAAGUUUAGCGACUACAAUUGCACUGUGGAGUAUUACAGAUCUCCUUUUAUAGUCCUUCAAGGCCGUGCACCAGCUGGAGCCCCUAAGGUUGUUAAGUACACAAUUAAGGUGGAUGCCAUGGAUUGGAUGUCAGACCGUGGUAAGUGGAGCAAUGCUGAUAUUUUGAUCUUUAACACCGGGCAUUGGUGGAACUACGAGAAAACGAUUAAAGGGGGCGCCUAUUUUCAAGAAGGCAGUAAGGUGAAGAUGAAGAUGACUGUUAUUGAUGCGUACCAAAAAUCAAUACAAACACUCUUCAAUUGGGUUCACAAAAAAGUUAACACAAGCAAGACCCAGGUCAUCUUCCGUACUUAUGCUCCUGUGCACUUCAGAGGUGGCGACUGGAAGAGUGGAGGGAGUUGCCACUUGGAAACUCUUCCUGAUGCGACACCGUUUAAAUCACUGGAGCAAUGGGCUGACAAGCUUGAGCCUGUCCAUAAUGUUCUUGGGAGCAGCACAAGACCCAAGCUGCCUGGGUUAACUAUACUGAACGUGACACAAAUGACGGCGCAGCGAAAAGAUGGUCACCUGUCAGUGUACAUCAGCCCUUCGGGGCCUGUCCCCCUACGCAGACAGGAUUGCAGCCAUUGGUGCUUGCCUGGAGUUCCUGAUACCUGGAACGAGCUUGUGUAUGCCGUCUUCAUGAAAAGGCAAACGAUGAUGGACCAAAAUGUUUCUCUUGCUGCUUCAAGAACGUUGAACACAAGCUGACUAAAAUUCUGUGGGUAGGCUACCUGAUGCUCGCUUGGUGAAGCUUUGUAUCUGAGGUUGGUUAGUGAUCCUCCUGCACAAUGAUGCUGCAAGAUAAGAGCUGGCUUGCAGGAAGCUGCACCACUCUAAUCUGUUGUAUGCUGAGAGGAGAGUGUGAAUAAGAGCAAAAUUAAAGAAAGGCAUACCAAUAUCUAUGUUUCACAUAGGCAGCCAAAGUUUUAGCCGAUGUGAUCAUAGAUUAGGGGCUACAUUCGAUGAUGUACAUAGUUUAUUACUUUAUUUGGCUGCUGUCAUAUUGGGGGUGUUGCCGUGCUAAUUGUAUGUAAUUCGGGAAUUUUAUCCUUAACAGUAUGUUCUCAGUGGCUCCGGCAGUUGAUUUGCACAUUUCGGCAUUUCUAUCCCAUCCGGGACAAAUGUAAAUAUUUAAUGAGAAAUGUAAUUGUACAGACAUCUUC